AUGGAAGGAAAAUACGACGGAGCGAUCGGUAUCGAUCUUGGUACCACCUACUCUUGUGUGGCCAUCUAUGAGGGUAGCGGUGUUGAGAUCAUUGCCAACGAGCAGGGAAACCGUGUCACCCCUUCUUUCGUUGCCUUCUCUGAGAAGGAGCGAUUGAUCGGUGAUGCUGCAAAGAACCAGGCUGCUCUUAACCCACGAAACACUGUAUUUGACGCUAAGCGAUUGAUCGGUCGUCGUUUCGACGACCCAAGUGUCAAGAAGGAUGUUCAGUCAUGGCCCUUCACUGUUGUUGACCGUGAUGGUAACCCAUACAUUGAGGUUGAGUACCUCGGUGAGACCAAGCAGUUUUCUCCUCAAGAGAUUUCAUCCAUGGUUUUGACUAAGAUGAAGGAGAUUGCCGAGGCCAAGCUUGGUAUGUCUGUGGAAAAGGCUGUUAUCACUGUUCCAGCCUAUUUCAACGACAACCAGCGUCAGGCCACUAAGGACGCUGGUGCCAUUUCUGGUAUGAACGUCCUCCGUAUUAUCAACGAGCCCACCGCGGCAGCCAUUGCCUACGGUCUUGGGUCAGGAAAGACCAAUAAGGAAAGACACGUCCUUAUCUUCGACUUGGGUGGUGGAACUUUCGAUGUUUCUCUCCUCCACAUCCAGGGUGGUGUUUUCACCGUCAAGGCCACUGCUGGUGAUACCCAUUUGGGAGGACAGGAUUUCGAUACCGCUCUCCUUGACCACUUCAAGGCCGAGUUCAAGCGCAAGACCAAGCACGACAUCUCUGAUGACCCACGUGCUCUUCGUCGUCUUAGGUCCGCUUGCGAGCGUGCUAAGCGUACCCUCUCCUCUGUCACCCAAACCACUGUCGAGAUUGAUUCUCUCUUCGCUGGAGAGGAUUUUAACACCUCCAUUACCCGUGCUCGUUUUGAAGACAUCAACGCUACUCUUUUCAAGAGCACCAUUGCCCCUGUUGAGCAGGUCCUGAAGGACUCCGGUCUCUCCAAGGACAAGGUCGAUGAAGUCGUUUUGGUUGGAGGAUCCACCCGUAUCCCUAAGGUUCAGAAGAUGUUGAGCGACCUUUUCGAUGGAAAGAAGCUCGAGAAGGGUAUCAACCCUGAUGAGGCUGUUGCCUACGGUGCCGCUGUCCAGGCCGGUAUCCUUUCUGGAAAGGCCACUUCCGAAGAGACUGCCGACCUUUUGUUGUUGGACGUCGUUCCCCUUUCUCUUGGUGUUGCCAUGGAGGGUAACAUCUUCGCUCCUGUCGUUCCUCGUGGUCAAACUGUCCCCACAAUCAAGAAGAGGACUUUCACCACUGUUGCCGAUAACCAGACCACCGUUCAGUUCCCCGUGUUCCAGGGUGAACGUGUCAACUGCGAGGACAAUACUUCUCUUGGAGAGUUUACCCUUGCCCCUAUUCCCCCCAUGAAGGCUGGCGAGGCUGUCCUCGAGGUUAUUUUCGAAGUCGAUGUCAACGGUAUUCUCAAGGUCACUGCUAUUGAGAAGUCCACUGGCAGAUCUGCCAACAUUACUAUCUCUAACUCUGUCGGAAAGCUGUCUACCACCGAUAUUGAGAAGAUGGUUGCCGAUGCUGAAAAGUUCAAGUCAACUGAUGACGCUUACUCUAAGAAGUUCGAGGCCAGACAACAGCUCGAGAGUUACAUUGCACGUGUUGAGGAGAUUGUCUCCGACCCAACAUUGAGCUUAAGAUUGAAGAGGGGCACCAAGGAGAAAAUCGAGGCUGCUCUUAGCGAUGCUAUGGGACAGUUGGAGAUUGAUGACUCUGGUGCAGAUGACUUGAAGAAGAAAGAGCUUGCUCUCAAGCGUGUUGUCACCAAGGCCAUGUCAACCCGUUAA